AUGGCGAGAGUGUUUGACCAUUGUGGCUGGAAGGUCCAGGGAUACUUUGAUCCUAAUGGCCCUAUAUCGACGGAGACGCGACAAGUGCCAGACAUACUGGGAAGGGAAUUAAGACUGGAUAACGACGAAGACGAAUUAGGAUUUAGAGAGCAAGAAGGUUGCAACGACUACGAGUACGACUCCGAGAACUAG